AUGAAUCGUAUUCUUAUGGUUAUACGUUAUCGAAAAGCAACACAUAUUGGUUUAAGAAUAUUUAAAAUUAUUACUAUUAAUCAAUUUGACAAAUUGGAUAAUCUAAACAAUAUAUGGAUAUUCAUCGAAGAAGACAAAUGUAAUGAAAGACAACAAAUAAAACAAUCAAAUGUAAAACAACGUCGACGAUAUGCAAGCAGUUCCAAUAACAAUAAUAAAAAUAUAACUACUUCAUUAGUUACUUCAUUUCUUCAAUAUUUACGUAGUGAACUAAGAGCAACAACGAAUGAAAAUAAUAAUGAUUAUCAAAGAAUUCAAGAAAAGAAAGCAUCUGAAACCAACAAUUGUUUAUCUCAAAGAUUUUAUUUAUCAAAUAAUUUUUCUCGUCAACAAUAUCCAAUUCAAAUGUCAACAUCGUCAUCGUCAUCAACUGCUUCUUCUCAAUCAUUAAUUAAUAAUUCGAAAAAAUUAUCAAAUAAAAAUUUAUUAAAAAAUACAUUUGAUAAUAAUUCUACUAAUGAUGAUAAUGAAAUAUUAACAUUAAUUAAUUUACUUAUUUUACGUAUUGAAUGUUUACCUAAUGAUAAUACAUUAAUUACUGAGAAAAAAAAUAACGAACAAACUUCAAAAAUUAAAGAAAUUGAUCAAAAUUUAAUUGAAUAUCUUUAUUAUCUAUUUAAUAAAUUUAUCAAUGAAGAUAUUGAUUCAAAUACACCUAUGGUAAAUAAAACAAACUUUGUUAAUAUUUGCCAAACAGUAGUACGUAGUGGUUCUUUAAAUAUGUCAUCAACAACAUCUCCUGAUCAAUCUUUUUCGGAAUCUACUUUUACAAAUGAUAGUGAUCAAACACUAAUUCAAACGUCUGUACGUGAGUAUACAGCAGAUAUAAAUGAUAUAGCAGUAAACAAUUCAUCGUUGAAUGAACAAAUUUCAUCUGCAUCCAUGAAUGAUCAAGAAGCUUGGCUUAUUGUUGAUUUAGAAGAAAUUAAAGCAGAACGUUCAACAACAAAUUUUGAUGAAUCAAAAUGUUUAUUAUCAUCACCAACCUGCGAUGAUCAUUUAUUACCACCAAAUGAAAAUUACUUUUCCAUUGAAGAGAUAAAAUUCUCUGAAUCUGAAUCAUCACAUAGUAAUUAUUACUCGCCUGAUUCAUCAUUAGAUGAUUUAGAAAAUAUGUCACAUGAAAUUAUUGAAAUAAAUAAUAACAAUAAUAAUAAUAUAUUAUUGAAAGAAGAAGGAUCAUCAUCAUCAUCAUCAUCAUCAUCAAAUGAACAUGCUUCAAAUAAUACUAAUGUCAUUAUAGAAGUAAAAGAUACUACAAGCAAUGACAACAUUUGUACAGGAUUAACUAAUGAUUGUAGUACUAAUAAUAGUAGUAUUGAUAGUAAGGAACAAGUAGCAUCAUCAAUAAUGGAGACAAAUGAACAGAUGACAAUGAAUCUAAAUGAUAAAACGUCCCGACGUGAACGAAAAAUGCAAGAACGUUGGACAAUAACAACUAAAAAUAAUAAAAAUACAAAUGAACAAUUACCAACAAAAGCUUUUUUAGGUGUAGAAUUUCCACCAAUAGCUGUACUUAGACGAAAAUUUUCAUCAUCACCACCAUCAAAAUUAAAUACAAUACCAUUAAAAAAAAAAGAUUAUUCAACUGUAAAAACAAAAGUAUUAUUAAAUAAAAAUGAAAUAAAUAAUUCUUUACAAGAUAAUAUUAAUAAAACAAAUGAACAUAUUUCAUCAACACCAUUAAAUCGGUCAAUGUCAUUACAAAAUCAGGAGAUUAACACAUCAACAACAACAAACAUAGUGGACAAAACAAAACAUGAUCAUCAAGUGCUUGAUUUACAAUCGAAUGAUACUUCGUCACUACUAAUUUGUAAUGAUAGUAAAACUAAUGAUGAUAUACAACAAUCAUCAACAAUUAUAUCAAAUUUAUUAACAGAUGAAAAAAUUCUUAAUGAAAAUAUGAAAAUCGAAACAAAACAAGAUUUAAUUGAAUUUGACAACGAAAUUACUACAAAUAUUAAUCAUAAUUUAGAUCAGCAUGAACAAACAAAUAUAAAUAAUAAUAAUAAUUCAAUUAUGAUAUCUGAUUCAAUUCAUACAAAUUCACCUUCAUCGUCUUCUUCGUUAUUAUUAAUGUCUUCUUCUUCUUCUUCUUCGUUAACAACACCUACAAAUGAAGAAAAACUUAUUGAACUUUUACCAAAUGAAAUAGAAGAAGGAAAAAAAGAAGAAGAAUAUUUUGACGGCGGCGACGACAAUGUUCAUGUAGAGAAAAAGAACAACUUCAAUGUCGAACACAACUCCUACCAUACAUCGGGAAUAAUAUUCAUAAACGAUGAACCAACACAAGCAGGCUUGUUAGAACAAGAAAAAAAAGAAAAAAAACGAAGAAGAAAAAGAAAAAGAACAGCCACUACUAACAUUAGAGCAAUGCAACCAUCAACAUUUUCAAGGUGA